AUAGAGACAGAGAGAGAGAGAGGGAAUGUCUGAGAUAGUAAGAGCGUGUGGAUGCACCAAGAGAUAACUGACCCCAGAAGGCACAUCAUUAAGGAGCUACACAUGCUUUACAUCUUGAUGACACAGAGAGUCUAAGGAUUUUAUACCAGGUGGCACAUAUAAGAGAGAGGAGUCAACUCUAAUAGGAAUGACAGGCCAGCUCACUCUUAUCAGAACCGGAGACCUUGCCUGAGAGGUAUUAGAAGUCUCUGCCAACCUCCGUCAUAAAAGUGGCCACAUUAUCCGACAAUUUUGUGUCAUACAGGGUGACUCAAAGCGUGCUGCUAAAUCAGUAGGGAGUUGGGACGGGAGGGGUCAGCCAAUCGGAGGUGAGAGAUGUGGACGCAGGGGCAGUGGGCGGCACUGGCAGUGUUGUCAAUAAUCUUGCUUCUGUCAAAGGAGGCGGAUCCAAUUGAAGUCCCACUAGACCCAAAGAUCCAACAAGAGUUGAAACAACCCCCCACCAUUGUGAAGCAAUCACUAAAGAAUUACAUUGUGGCCCCCGGAGAUAGCAUCAUCAUUGAAUGCGAGGCCAAGGGGAACCCGGUGCCAACGUUUCAGUGGAGGCGAAAUGGCAAGUUCUUCAACGUGGGGAAGGACCCGUGGGUUACCAUGCGGACACGGUCGGGAACGCUGGAGAUCAUAAAAAGCGGGAAACCGGAAGAUUACGAGGGAGAGUACCAGUGUUUCGCUUCCAACGACUAUGGCACGGCAAUUUCCAACAAAAUCCUGCUACGAGUCUCAAAGUCUCCUCUGUGGCCAAAGGAAGUUCUGGACCCAGUGGUUGUGCGUGAAGGGGCAUCGCUCGUCCUCCCCUGCAACCCACCUCCUGGACUCCCCCCUCCUUUAACCUUCUGGACGGACAGUUCCAUGAUGCCUUUAGAAAAGAGCACGCGAGUAUCAAUGGGCUUGAAUGGUGACCUGUUCUUCUCCAAUGUUCUGGCUAUAGAUGCCACCACAGAUUACAGCUGUAACGCUCGCUUCGGUUUCACCAUUCAACAGAAGAACCCGUACAACCUCAGAGUCCAAACCAAUGAGCCUUAUAAUGACACCUUAGUCAACUCCACUGAUGUGUACGGUGCACGUAAUGUGGCAGAAACGCAACCCAAACUUCUGUCUCCAAAGGGCUUGUCCAGCUCCAAAAUGGUGCUGCGGGGGGAAGAGCUUCUGCUAGAGUGUAUAGCUGCUGGAGUCCCAACUCCUACCAUCAACUGGUUCAAAAGAGGGGGAGAUCUUCCCAAACAAAAGGUCAAAUUUGGUAACUAUAAUAAAACGUUACAUAUCCUCAACGUGUCUGAGGAAGACUCCGGAAGCUACACCUGCAUGGCCAGCAACAAGAUGGGCAGCCUUCGACAUUCUGUUGACGUACAGGUCAAAGCCGCUCCAUUUUGGCUGGAUAAGCCCACCAAUCUUGUGCUUGCCCCUGAUGAGAAUGGACGAUUGGUUUGUCGUGCAAAUGGAAACCCAAAGCCCACUAUCCAAUGGCAAAUGAAUGGGGGACCGAUAGAUGGACUGCCAAACCAGCAAGUGGAGGGUGAUACCAUCAUGUUCCAUUCGGUGCAGAUCGGUGGCAGUGCGGUGUACCAAUGCAAUGCAUCUAAUGAGCAUGGAUACCUACUGGCCAACGCCUUCGUCAACAUCUUGGACAUGGUUCCGCGGAUGCUAGGCCCGAAGAACCAACUUAUCAAAGUGAUCGAGAACAACAGGACUUUCCUUGACUGCCCUUACUUUGGCUCCCCGUUCCCUGUGCUGCGCUGGUUCAAGAAUGGCCAUGGCAGCGGUCUCGAUGGUGGACAGUAUAAGGUGUAUCACAAUGGUACAUUGGAGAUCACACAUGCGCGACCUGAAGAUCAGGGCACGUACACCUGCGUCGCCGGUAACAUUCUGGGCAAGAGUGAGAAUAAGGUGAUGCUGGAGGUCAAAGAGCCCACAAGAAUAGUUCGGGCCCCAGAGCAUGUGACAGGACCCAGUGGAAGCACAGCUCGCUUUGACUGUCGAGUUAAACACGAUCCGUCACUUCCCAUUACCAUCACAUGGCUAAAAGAUGACAAGCCUUUGAGCUUCGGCUGGCUGGGCCGGUUAAAAAAGAAUGAUGAAUCCAUGACCAUUCACAAUAUCAAUCCAGAGGAUUCAGGGACGUACACAUGCACUUCCAAAACUGAGAUAGAUGAAGACUCUGCCUCUGCUCGCCUUACUGUUACAAUGGAUGACAACUCGUCUGCCUCAAAUCGUAGUGCCUCUGCAGGUCGACCCGACCCCCCUCAGGAUCUUGAACUGUCUGAUCCUCUAGCUCGCAGUGUCAGACUCACCUGGGUGCCUGGAAAUGAAAACAACAGCCCUGUUACACAUUUCCUCGUCCAGUUUGAAGAGGACAGAUGGGAGCCGGGGAAGUGGCAGAACCUGUCAUUACACGAUGGCAACCUGAACUCAGUUAACCUGCAGCUGUCACCCUUUGUCAACUACCAGUUCAGAGUCAUAGCCACCAAUGCAGUGGGUCAGAGUCAACCCAGCCUCCCCUCUUCACGCUAUCAGACCAGCGGCGCUCCUCCUGAUGUGGUUCCAAGUGGUCUUAAAGGAUGGGGAAGCAAGAAGAACAACAUGGAGAUCACUUGGCAGCCCCUGCUGAACACAGAGAGAAACGGUCCGAACAUGCGAUAUGUUCUCUGGUGGAGAAUGGAAAACACAGAUGAAGAAUGGAAGAACAUUAGCACCACUAAAACAAAGCACACUAUCCAUAAUAUAGACACCUACGUUCCUUAUGAAAUCAAAAUACAAGCCGCCAAUGACUUCGGGCUUAGUCCGGCGUCUAAUGUUGUCAUUGGUUAUUCUGGCGAAGACAAACCAUCAGCUGCACCUACAAACCUCAGGGUGUCAAAGAUCAACAGCACCAAAGUAAAUGUUCACUGGGUCCCCGUGGACCCCAGCAAUGUGAACGGAGAGUUUAAGGAAUACAAAUUGUACUACUGGAGGGAGGCCAGUCUGAUUAAGGGCCUGAAAGUGAACAGGACAAAGCUGCACAAAGGUUUCUACACAACGGCCGAACAUCCCUCUGGCAUCCUCACUGAACUCUAUCCUUACAGCAAAUACAAGACCUACAUGGUCGUGGCUAACCGAGAGUUUGAGGGUCCACAGAGCAACCAUGUGGAGUUUGAAACAAAAGAGGGAGAGCCGGGCGCCCCAAAGUAUUUCAAGAUUCAGAAGCACACAGAUGUGGUCCACCUGAAGUGGGAUAAGCCCCUGGAGCCAAAUGGGGUUCUGAUUGGAUACACGCUUCAGUAUCACACAGUAAAUGGGACACAAGAGGGAGAGAGGAUGGUCCAGAGUUUCCCCCCCAACGUGACGGAGUACAUCAUGAACCUGCCUCACCGUUUCACAAGAUACAAGUUCUACCUAGCGGCUCGUACACAGGUGGGCGCUGGAGAGGUCUAUGUCAUGGAGUCGCCACUUUUCACAAAUGAAGGCACCCCAGAUACUGACUCAACAGUUGUAGCGGUUAACUUUACAGAUGCCUUGAUGUUCGAAACCCCUCCCCCUCCCCUAUCCACUGUCCCAGUCCCCGAAAUACUUACCCCAGAACCAGCCACACCUGCCCCUACAACUGCUGCUCCACCUAAACCUACAACAACCACUACCACUACCACAACAACCACAACUACAACUGCAGCUUCGACUACAGUUGCUUCAGUUCGGCCGGUUUCUCCCAAAACUGUGGACUGGAAACUUCUGGCCCCGAAUGUAAAGAUCUGGAAUGUGACCGUGGAGGUUAACAGUGACCAUGCUAAUGUCAGCUGGAAGCACAACUUCUCCGUUGACAGCAGCGUGUUUGUGAUAGAGUACACGCCGGAGAAUAAGAGCCAGACGCAUCUACCGAGAGCUGAAGGUAAUGCUAUAAUGAAAAGCUUUCAAGUAAACCGCGGGCCUCCCAUUAAGCUGUCCGGGCUGUUGGACGGGGUCAAGUAUCGGUUGCGGGUGUAUUCCCACGAGCACCACUCCAUCAGCAGUGACUAUGUCACGUUCGAGACAGCCUACAAGGAGUCUGAAGACAUCGCUACUCAGGGCUGGUUUAUUGGGCUCAUGUGUGCCGUCGCUCUGUUGGUUCUCAUCUUGCUCAUCGUCUGUUUCAUCAAGAGGAGUCGUGGAGGAAAAUACAAAGUGAGCGAAAAGAAAGACCUCCCGUUAGAUGCUGUUGAACAUAAAGACCAAGAUGGAUCAUUUGACUAUCACAGUGACGAGGACAACAAGCCUCUGCAGGGCAGCCAGACCUCUCUGGAUGGGAACGUGAAGGAGAGCGAUGACAGUCUGGUAGAUUAUGGUGAAGGAGGGGACGGUCAGUUCAAUGAGGACGGCUCCUUCAUUGGCCAAUACACAGUUAAGAAGGACAAAGAGGAAACGGAGGGAAACGAAAGCUCAGAGGCCACGUCACCCGUUAAUGCCAUCUACUCUCUGGCAUAGCACCUUGAGCCGGAGACGGCACCACCAGCAGGCCGGAGGGUGCCACUACGCACUAAAAUAAUAUAUAUACAGAGAGAGUUAUGAAAAAGUAUUCAUAUUCAAAGCACUGGAGUGCAUGAUCCUAAACAAAGUAUGGGGAAGUUAAGAAGAGAAACACAGGUGAGACAGGUGGUCUUUGGAAACCAUAUGAGGAUCUGUGAGAAUCACCUGUGUCCCCGUGCCCACCCCCCCACACACACACAAACUUUACGUGUGCCUUUAGGGCAACGGGGUUGAAACGUGGAACUUACAAGCAUUUCGUGUGGCUUAUGCUCAACUUUUUUUCAAAGUUUCAAAUCUGCCCCUCCCUUCUAUUUACUGUAGCUAGCAUCAAAGAAAUGGAAACACAAGCACCGGUUCUGUCACAUAUCAAGUGUGGUUCGACCCAACUGCAGAAGCAAAUACGUUUAUCAUAUUGAUAUUUCCGCAGUGAAUGUUUUUUUCACAGCUGAUAGAUGCGUCCAAACACAUGAAUUGUCUAUACAGUGCUGGCACAGGUUGCUGUGCUAUACAAAGCUAUGCACUAUGUAUUAUCACAUUGCUUUUGGGUUGAAAUCGGACGUCUCAUGUUUCCUUUUUUAUGUUGACUUUGCAAAAAAAGCUAUAUUCCUGCGUAUGCGACUGGACUGAUAUCAUGCUUUCAAUUGCCAUUGAAGCGUUGUUUAUAUAUUUUCACUGGCUGCAACUAUAAAAGGCCACCAAUAUUUAUAGGCUGAGGUUUAGAUGGCACCACUUGUAAAUGACGAUAAAAAUACAUUAUUUUCAAGCAUGGUAGUAUUUUAGCGCAAAGGACAAUGGAAAGUUUCUAAUAAGAGUCAAAUCUCUUAAUAAACACGCAAUGAUAUAGUCAUUUUGUUUAUAAAACUUGCUUUAUAUAGUCUUCAAAGGAGAAUUAGGAUGAUGAUGAAAAAUGGUCACAUUUGUUUUUUUCACCAUGUUGGUUAAGAUCUUGGUUACAGUAUAAGAUUGUCCAAGGAGUCGAAAACCAUUUGGGGUGCAUCAAUACAUUAGUGGGGUGAGAGGCUGUUUGAGGCAGACAUUAAUGACUGAACAGUCAUCAUCCGGACUGAGCAUUUGACCUGAAAUAACAGGUGAUAGCCCAUCAGUUCCUUUCUCAGAAUCUUCGCUGAGAAAAGAUGAAGGACAAAGAAGUCCUUCGUCCAGUAUUGCGUUGCCUUUUUUAGAGCGUGAAGGAGACGUUUUGUGCCACUCACAGUUUGUUCUCAGUUAUUUUGUGGUCUCAAAGUGCUAUCAUUAAGUUUUCUGCCGUGCUGCAGAAUUUUUCAGUCCCUUUCUUUCAGAGGCCUUCACAAUGGGAUCCAAAAGUCAGAGAAAACAAAUACAAGGAAAAGUUUAGUGCAUAAAGCAAAGAAAUUACGUUAAGAAAUGUUUAAAACUGUGCCCUGUGCAUCACAUACAAAUUGGUGAAAUGCAUUCGGUAUCAUUUCUGGGAUAACAUGCAUUACACCUUGUCUACACCGGACGUGGGUCGAUGCGACGCCACACACGGCUUGUUCUGAUGCAUUCUAUUGUCUCUUGACGAGUGUAGACACGGUGUUAUCAUACAAUACAAUAUACAAUAUGAUUAAAAAAAUGUGUACAUUUUUCAUUUAACCUUUUGUCUCAUAUUCCAUUUUAAAUCAAUAUAAUUUAAAUUAUAUUUAAAUUGGAAAUGAAUCAGAAUGGAAGUGUUUUCCGUAGCCGUCCCAAUCUUUUGGAUCCCACUUUAUAUUUAUAUUAUUUAUGGAAAUAAUAGGGACUAAUAUAUUAAUAAUUUAUUGAUGACUGUACAUUCAGUUGUAAUAGCUAAUGUGAAUGAAUGACCCAGCUAUGAUUUUAGAACAUUGUAAAAGCGUCUCUGUGUAAAGUAGGAAUACUUCAGAGAUCAUGUAAAAUAAUGAAAUGUAAUGUCAUCAUUAAAGGGGCUAUGUCUUAUUUGUCAUUUGUGCUGCUCUUUUUAGUAUUACUAUUGUUGUAUCACUGCUGUUGUGUUCAUAUAUUAGAAUUUAUUUAAUGUAAUUUACAUAACAAGAACGAAGAUAAUGUGUAUUUAUUUUUCUCACAUAAGGCCUCAUUAUUGUAAUCAUCUAUGUAAAUAUUCAUUUGGUUUGGUUUUUACGGUUUUACUGUACUACAGUAAGUAUCUGAUUCUAUAAUAAUGAUUAAUAAUAAAAAAAUGCUUUUGGUGCAUCCCAAAUUGAGACUCCAUGCAUGGGUUUGAAUUUGGGUUUAGCCAAAUGGAUUUGGGGUCUUUAAUUGAUAUUUUAAUGAUUUUUGUGUCAUGACAUUUUUGUUGGGUCAUGUAGGUGACAUAAUUAACCUCUUUAAAACGAUCCAGGUUUGUCACUAACCUCCUGAUUUCAAGCACCUGGCAGGCACAUAGUGAUGAUGUAAAUAGCAAAUGCUGUAGAAUUGUACCAUUGUAGCAUUCCACCUACCGAGGAUAAAACAAGCUUUUUGUACUUUUGAACUGUGUUACACAGAAGAAAUGGUUUGUCUUUUCCUGUUCAUGUAUUAUUGCACCAGUCUCCCAUAAUGCCUUUCGCCUCUGACACAUCUAGGCCCAGCAGAUCAUGGGACUGCUCUUUGAAAAGGAUUGAACAUCAGGUCCUAACAUCCUGAUAGAGGUGUGAUGUCAAGUACAAUGCUUUCAGAUUAAAAACAAAUGUGUUUAUGAGAUUCCUUGGACCACACUGUGGACCCCUUCAGUUAUUUUUGUUUUUCCAAUACCUCAAAGCAAUACUCUCCUUAUUUGCCUUUUGACGCUCUGUUUUCUGCACAAUAGGUACCAAAUUAUGCAGUUCAAGUAGUAACUUACUGUACAUGCACUGAUAACAGACUUUGGCCAUUUUGAAGAUGGUGUGAACCUAAAGGCUUAAACGCCUACAACUACUACUUUUAACAUCUUCACAAAUUGUCGAACUGCUGAAGUAUCAACUAUAUAUUCUGUUUUUCUUCUGAUGUUGUAUUAUUUGUGAGCUCAAUAAAUGGCAACAUGCAUUAUCAA